AAUUAAACUCCAUAAAAGCUAAACAGUUUUAAACCCCACUGUUAAUAUGCAAACAAAUCGCGCUUUUAGGACGCGGUCGAAAAAAGCUACCCUGCGCAUGCGUGCCUCGCUGGGUCCCGCGCGGCCGGUAGCAGUGUGUCAUUUGGACCGCGUACUGUGAUGUCGCGCGAAUGGGCGGUACUGGCUGGGUGCGUGGUGAGGCGCGAGUGGCAGACGACUCUGAUUUCCAAACCUUAAAGAACCUCCUUGCUUCUGACAUCGGCUGGAAUCUGGAGUAUGAGAGGGACGGCGUCAAAGUUUGGGCUGAAGAUGCCGCCCAUGGCGCGCUUCGGACCGUCAAGGUGGUUGCGGAUUUCGAAGACGUGGAACCGGAUGCACUUUAUGACGUGCUCCAUGACCCAGAGUACCGGUCAGUGUGGGACACGCAUAUGUUGGCGGCCGAAGACGCCGGCCACAUCAAUGUCAACAACGAUGUUGGGUACUAUGCCAUGUCAUGUCCAGCGCCACUCAAGAACCGUGACUUCGUGCUGCAGCGCUCCUGGCUUGACACGGGUGACGAGAAGAUGAUCCUUAACCAUUCUGUGUACCACAAGGACUAUCCACCAAGAAAAGGAUUUGUUAGGGCUCUAUCGUUGCUGACCGGGUUCGUGGUUCGUUCGCGGCCAGUCGGUCCGGGUAGUUGGCUCGGCUAUGUGUCUCGGUCUGACCCGAGAGGCGCGUUACCCGCUUGGCUUGUCAACAGGGUAACAGCACAGCUCGCACCAAGAUUAGUUCAUCAAUUACAAGCAGCUGCCCGUCGCUACCCCGGGUGGAAGGCACUAACUGAUCACCCUUACCACAAGCCCUGGAGACACCCUGAACAGGUCCCCUCAUAUAGAAUUAAACUUGAAGAUUGCAUUGACCCGGAUGCUCCGCCUCCGCCAGCUCCUCAGCAGGAACCAAAACCAAAUACAUCCAAGAAACUCUCGUUACCACAAGUACAAGUCAAGGAAGUAGAGAGUCAGAGCGUUGAAGACUUGGGAGACAUAUCAUCAGAGUUCAGCGUAGAAGUUGAAGAACUUUCCGAUCUCAACAUAGACCCUACGAAGAAAAAAGGAAAAUUCUAUAGACUAGUCAAAUCAAUGAAGAAUAGACGGAAAAGCGUUCAAGUAACAAAGAGCACGGAUAAUCUAGUUGAUGGGAAACCGGAGGAAAAGCAAGAAAAGAAAAAGCCUUUUAAGUUUCAUCGUAGGUUCAGUUUAAGUAGGGGUCGGGAAGAUUGAUAUUGUUUGUUAAGAGUCAAGUAAUAAAUAAUGGUACGACAUCUAAGUAAGGAAAUGUUUCGGUUGUGUAUUGAGCUCGUGGUUAUAUACGGAUACUCAUAUAAAUAAUGUAUAUGUAAUGAAGUGGUUAUGUCUCUCGUAGCGGAAGCGUAGCAUUUAUGUUCCCGGUGUUGCUACGAACUACGGGAACGUAGAGGGCAUAUGAUGGGUAUAGUUGUGUUUUGUUUAUUUUACAUAAUGAAUAUUUAGAAUUAAUAUAGAGUUUCCGUAAUCUUAUAUCAUAAAACAUUUUUUUAGCUUGAUUUUUUGUAUCCCAUUAAAAAAAAUUUAAAUGUAUUAUUUUCCACGUCAUUACAUAAACUUGUUCAUGAGUACCGAAUAUUAGAUUUGCUACCAUUUACUGUGAUUGUAUAUGUUAAAGGAAUAUUUAAGGGAAUUGUUCGUUGUAGCCAGUUUUAUACGCCCUACUUGAUGUUGAUGUAGUGAUGUUGAUUGGAUAUAUUAUUAAAAGUUAUAUAAUGAAUUUUAUACAAAGUUUCUCAUGUAUUCUUCUGAAAGGAUGUCUUAACAUUGUGAACUGAGUAUUUAAUGCAUUAAAGUUAUAUUAAAUACUAACUUCAUCUUAAGCAGAUUUUCUUGCUUGCCUACUUUUAAUUUAUGAUUUAUCACUUAGCGUCUAAACAUUUUGUAUUUUAACACACUUAUUAGUACAAUCCUUCAUCUUUGUAGAGUUAUACAAGUACUGAGCCGUGGUUAGCCAAAACUAUCCCAUCUUAACUCUAUGUCUAGCAACAUAUCUAUAUUAUUAUGAUUAAUCUUAGUGAACUUUCUGUAAUGCGGAUAUCAAGGGAAGUGUAGGGCGAUACUCAUUAUUACAAAAAGGCCAAUGAAUUUCUGGUAUUUUCUGUUUGUUUUAAUAUUACAAUACCAUUCCUAGCAAUUUUAAAGAACCCUAAACUGAUAUUUCCCUACUGUUUACCGUGUCAUCAACGUGUGUAUCUUCUUGGACCUAAAGCUUGAGAAAGAUUCCUGUCUAUUCUGUAAACAUAUCUUCACGGUAAAUUUGUUCCAAUGUUACAAGUCUGCGCAUCAUUUACUGUGUAGCUCGACAUAGGCCGUUGUAACUAGGUACAAAGAUUGUGAAUUUGUUAUCUAUAAUAGUAAAUAAAUUAAAAGUUAGGUAAAAUGUGUUUAUUAUUGGAAAACUAUAUCAAACUCAUAAGCCCAGUUUGUUUGUAAGCAAAUGUGUAAGUUGAUGUAGCUUAAAUGUAUAAAGGCUUUUGUAAGGAGCUUUAUAAAGUUCUAUUCUUUUUAUACUUCAAGACUUGACAAAGAAAUGUUAAAUUACGCUGAGCUAAUUGUACAUUUUUGAAAACCUUUCGAACGUAUGUUCAUAUGAAAUUAUUUACAUUGGACUUUAACUCUUUUUAAUCAAUUAAGUUAAGCUUCCACGAAUUCUAAAUACUUAGGGUCUGUUUCACAAUGUAUGGAUAAAGUACCAAAUAGCUAU